UACACGAUGGUGUUGUCAGUGUUAUAAAUAUAGAAAUUUAUAUCGAAUAACAAAUAAUUCGGAGAGUUAUAUGACCUUUGUUGAUAAUUAAGCUAUCAUAAUCAAUGCAAUAAUAAAACGAAUAAAUAAACAGUAAAAAAAUGGCGAGACACUCGUACAGUAUUGUCGAAUAUUAUGGUGAACAAGACAAAUACAAAUGUGGUUAUUGUAAAAGCCCAAACACAAAUUUUAGUCAUGGUAUGAGCACACAUAUAUUGAAUGUCCAAGAUUAUCAAGCUUUAAUGGAUAGAGGAUGGAGAAGAUGUGGUUCUUAUUGUUACAAAUCUAUUAUGGAUCAAACAUGUUGUCCAAUGUAUACAAUAAAAUGCGAAGCAUUAAAUUUCAAAAUUUCUAAAUCACAAAAAAAGAUGAUGAAAAGAAUGACAAAAUUUUUAAAAAAUGAAUUGCGUAAAAAUGAUACUAUGGAAGCAUAUGACGAUGAUUAUCGUGAUACAGAAGAAAUUCAAAAAAUUCCUAAUCACAGCAAACAUUCUUCAAAAGCAAAAAAAAGUAUGUUUGAUAUGAAUGUAAAAUUUAUUGAUGAUGAAAUUAAUGCAAGGUUACAUCCUAAUGCAUUAGAUAAAGGGGAAAAAAAGUGUAAUUUAGAAAUAAAACAAAACAAUUCUGAAAAUGUACCCAUUGUAUCAUGUCAUGAUGAUGAUUCCCAUGGUACACCACAGAGCUUACAAUCAGUAGAAAUGGAUACUACUCGAACACCUUGUAUGAAAGCAAAAUUCUUACGUAAACAACGAAAGCAAAAUAAAUUAAAGGAACAAGGAAAAUCUCAAGAAGAAAUAGAAGCUAUUUUCAAGGAAAAUAAGCAGGAGAAUCAAGCUAAAGGUUUAGAGGAAAUAUUUGAUAAAGCCUGUAAUGCAACCAAUAGAUUGGAGCUGAAACUAGUUAGAACUUCACCAAUGAGCUCUGGAUAUAUAAAUACCUCAAAACAGUCUUACGAAGUGUAUAAAAAAUAUCAAACAACAAUAAAUGGAGUUCUAGCAGAAAAGGUUACAGAGGAACGAUAUACAAGAUUUCUUGUGAAAUCACCUUUACAGAUGAAAUUGGUGAGAACAAUGUCGGAUGAGUUUAUUAAAACACUUAAAGUAAGUGCGAAUCUUUUUAAAAAAUAUCAAAUGACUAUUCAUGGUGAAUCAGAAGAGGAGUUAGAUGAUGAAUCAUUCUCAAACUUUCUUGUAAAAAGCUCUUUACAGCCAUGGACACCAGAUGACGGACCUCCAAGUGGAUAUGGCUCUUUUCAUGAGCAAUAUUGGUUAGAUAAUGAAUUAAUUGCAGUUGGAGUGAUAGACAUUUUACCGUCUUGUAUUUCGAGUGUUUAUUUUUUUUACGAUCCGGCUUAUUCUCAUCUCUCGCUUGGAACGUUUAGUUCUCUUCGAGAAAUUUAUUUAACAAGACAACUAAAUAAAGUAGCAAAAGACCUAAAAUAUUACUAUAUGGGAUUUUAUAUACAUUCAUGCCCUAAAAUGCGAUAUAAAGCACGAAUGAGGCCGUCAAAAUUAUUAUGCCCUGAAACUUAUUCGUGGUUUGAUAUAGAACCAUGUUUAUUAAAAUUAGAUAAGGAAAAAUAUAGCAGAUUGAAUGAUGACAUUGAUGCUAUUGAUGAAGACGGUAUAGUUGAUAUUCGUAAGGUAUUAGUUUUACAUCGGCAAAUUGCAAUGCCAUAUGAAAUCUAUAAAAGGAAGGCCCACCAAACUAUCACGCAAGAAGAAGAAGAUGAGAUUAAAGAAUAUGCCAGUUUGGUUGGAAUGAAAUGUGCACAAAGAUUGUUGCUUUAUCGCAGUUGGAGCUUAUCAAAUUCGCAAAAAAAUUAAUUCGCGUAUCUUCUUUUACAUAGAGAACAACCAUGUAUUUUACUAAAAGACAGAUCACCGAAAACAAUUAUUAUGAAUU